UCUGUGCGCGUCUGAUUGAACCAUGCAGGAUCAUGUGGUGUGUGUCGCCGCUGUCACCGUGCUCGGAGUGCUGGAGCAAGCGUACUUUUCCCUGCAGGUGAUCAACGCCAGGCGCAAGUUCUCGGUCUCUCCUCCGGCCACUACAGGACCCCCCGAUUUCGAGAGGGUCUUCCGAGCACAGGUGAACUGUUCUGAAUAUUUCCCCCUGUUUGUGAUCACACUUUGGGUGGCCGGACUUUUCUUCAGCCAAGGUGUCUCUGCGCUCCUCGGGCUGCUCUACCUUUAUGGACGAUAUCAAUAUUUUCAUGCCUAUUCCAAAUCUGCACAAGGAAGACUGGCUCCCCUGUAUUUUUCGGCUAAGGUGCAGUGGGUGCUGAUCGGCCUGUCGGGCCUCGGCGUGUUCUGCUCUCUGUGUCGGCUGUAUCUGGGAGUGGAUCUGUACGUUGCUGUGUGGGAGGUGCUGGGCCUCAAUCAGCUGGAAUAACCGAAUCCUGAAGCGGCGCAGCCAGCAGUACUAGCAGCUACGUCUGGCGUUUACAAGCUUCCUGUCAUGUCACGUUUAGCAGGACUGGAAACGACGUCCUGUCCAUCACUGUUUGGAGCUGUGAGCAAACUAAUUUAUUGUAGGAGGAAUUUAAUAAAGGGGAUAAACACGCA